AUGGCGAAUCCUCGAAAAUUUAGUGAAAAAAUUGCAUUACACAAUCAAAAGCAAGCAGAAGAAACGGCUCGCUUUGAACAAAUAAUGAAAGAAGUGUCAGACGCAACGAACAAAAUGAACAGUCUUGCUAAGCAACAUCUACAUAUAAACCCAACUCUUGGUUCUUUUCGAGGUGGGUCACUGCCCAAUGUCAAUCAUGUUGCUAGUAAUACUGUUGAAAAUAAGGUAGGAAAUUUCGAAGAUAUAAAUAAAAGUGGUAGAACCGAUGGUCAAGUCGUGUACAGGGAUAGGGGUCGGAGCGUCGGAGUAGGCCCCAUGAGAUCUCGACCUAUCGAAAAACGAAUCGAUACAUCGCCUUACGGUGGUUCUUAUUUGUCACCACCACCGGAUACCAAUUGGCGACGUACAAAUUCUGAUAGCGCACUUCACCAGAGCACUCAAGAAGUUGGUCAAAGACGACAACACCACGAUAGUCAAAUUUUAGGAAUUUCAUUUAAUGAUAAAUCUCCAGAACAAAGACCCAGAUCUUGUUAUGAAGAUUCCCUCGUACCUGGAAUUAAUAUUCAUCCAUCUCAUAAUGAGCCUGGAGCGGUUCAAAUACCUAUAGGAAACAACACUGGAUCCCUUCCGGAUCUAACUAGUUUUCAUUUUCCCUCUCCUUUGCCUACCCCACUGGAUCAAGAAGAUCCAAGUAGUUCGUUUAGUACAAGUCCUCAAGCUACCAGUCCUUGUACGCUUUCACCUAGUCUGUCUUUGCGGUCUCGGCAUUUGGAAAAAUUUCCAUUUGGUGCCAGUCCUUCUCAGGAAUCUAGAGUUCCCAGCCCGCAUUCUAAUGUUCAUUCUCAGGUACAAAAUCAUCAACUUCAUUCUCCAACUCAGAGACAAUUUUUCCCUUCCACUCGUGCUCCCCCUAGUCCCGCAUCACCGGUCAGUUCUCCAGGUGCCACUUUUUCAGAAUCAAAUUAUUUUAUUAGUCAUGCACAGCAAGCAGCAGCUUUGCAGCAACACUUUGAACAAUUUACGAUGGAUUGGUGCCAGCUAGUGCACAGCCUAGUGGAGUCCGAUGGAUUAAGUAGAGAUUUGGGAACAGAUGGUGGAUUUUUUAAUACAUCUCUUCUCAACAACUUCAAUUUACAGCAAACGACACCACAAACUCCCAAUACACCUUCUAGUAUUCCAGAUAUUAUUUUAACCGGUAAUACGACGGAUGAUUUGACAAAACCCAGUUUGGGUUCGACCAUAUCAAGUUCGUUUGAUUCGGAUUUAUUCCCUUCGGAUGAAACACUUCGAGCGGGAUUGGGACCCAUUGAUUUUGACGGUUUUCAAAUGCUUACUGAUCCCGACAUGAACGUUAUUUCGGAUCCGGGUGCCGAAGAUCAUUUUCGUUUAGAUCGGUUAGAUCGUUUGUAG